CUUUUUCGGCCUAGCCCUUCCCAAAUUCCAUCAAACAUUUCAGAGCUGCUAAGUAGGAAAGCAACUAUCCCGGGCCUUUACUCAAUCAUAAGCUUCUUCUUAUCUCAUUAUUUUGAUUUCUCAUGUAAACUUCCAGAGAAUUUGUUUGAUUUGCUAUUAUUUGGAUUGCGGCAUCGACUGCUUUGGAGGGUUCCGAAGAAACGGCAGCGCUAUUCCCUUUGACGCGAACUUGGAAGGUUCAUCCGGCUUCUCUUUUCCUUCAAAUGAUUUAGGCAGUGCAAAUAUGGGAACCGUGAACUUCCUCUGGAAUUUAACGAAGAAUUAUUUCACCUUUGGGCUCAUAGGCCUGACCGUAUCUGAUCGUUAUGCCAGUAUUGUCCCUGUUGGUGGAAUUUCAAUGUCUCCUACAUUUAAUCCACAUGAUGACAGCCCCAUGAGAUCCUUGACUCGUGACUUUGUUAUAGUGGAGAAGCUUUGCCUGGAAAAAUUCAAGUUCUCACUUGGCGAUGUGGUUGUGUUCAGCUCUCCAGCAAAUCAUAAAGAGAAACAUAUAAAGAGAAUAACAGCCUUACCAGGUGACUUGGUCAGUACCCCUCAUUAUGAUGCAGUAUUGAUCCCUGAAGGACAUUGUUGGGUUGAAGGAGACAAUCAUGCUUGGAGCUUGGACUCGAGAUCUUUUGGUCCUAUCCCUCUGGGUUUGGUUCGUGGAAGGGUUACUCAUGUUGUGUGGCCUCCUCACCGGGUUGGAAAAGUUGAAAGAAUGACGCCAAAGAGCAUAGCACCUUUCUAAUUGUACUUUUUGAUUAGAUCAUUAAUUUUCAACUUGAUUGAUUUCUUAUACAGUUGCCACCUAUAGGCAGCUCUUCUGUAGGAAGGCAUCAACAUUAUAGGCUGUAUGCUCACUGUUGAUUAUAGCACAGAAUCAUUCUCUUAAAUGUGUUAAUUUCUUGGAAAAGUUGUGCUUCUGUAUUGGAACAGUUGAAAUUCUAAUUGCUUUAAUAUUUAUAGCAUUGUUAAUAAAAGUCAUCACUUUGUCGAA